AAAGCUAUCUCGGUUGUUGUUGUUAUUUAAGAAUUAAUUACUGUUUCACCGCCGUAAAAGUAUUUUUAAAAAUUCAUUGUUGACGUGGCAUGCACCCAAUAGGGAACAGCCAUGAAUACAAAAACGAUGCGUCUUCCCCCACGCCGAGCUAUCUCAGGCGCCGUGGCCGGCAAACAAACGGUAACCGCCGUGAAAAAUCCACCACCGCCGCCGAUUAAAUCUAUCCUCAAGAAAACUCCGCUCAUCCCUCCUCCAACAACCGCCGCCUUAGCCAUAGCCGAGCCGGGUUGUUCGAACCAGCUCUUAGCCGGAUACUUGGCUCACGAGUUUCUCAACAAAGGCACACUCUUCGGAGAGGUCUGGAAUCCAGCUCGAGCCCAAGCCAGCCCAUUUACGGCCCAAUUAACUGAGACGAGAAAAACUAAGCCGAGCCAUGACGAUGUAGUAGAGCCGAGUGAUCAACAACAUAAACGGAGGAGAUAUGUGGAGGUUGCUAACAUACUCCGGGUAGAUGGCGCACACUUGCCCGGUAUCGUCAACCCUUCACAGCUUGCCCGUUUCCUUAAAUCGUGAUGCCGUAAAUCCACGUGGAGCUAUGUGAUUGGUCUGUCUUUUACAUAACGUGACGGCCUAAUACAGAAUCCUUCCCCCUUCUCUCUCACUCUUUUUNUUUUUUUUUUUUUUUUUUUUUUUCAAUGUGAAGCUCUCUCUCAAUCUCUAUCUCUAUCGUCGUCUUCUUCGAAAUUGACUCAGAAAUGUUUAGGGUUUUUAAUUGGAAUUUUGUAAAAUCUGAUUAUGGUUUCGAUUAGCCAAAUCUAUGCUUUAAAUUUUGAAAAAAAAAAACUGAAUCCAGAUUUAACCUCUUUUUUUCUUGAAAUUUUCGUUUAUUUAUUUUGAUGUUAUUACUACUUUAUUAUGAUGAACAAACAUGAUCAUUGAUAAAAUCUUUAGAUCCGAUUCGUUUGGACAAUGAGAAGCAGAUGAAGUUGAGAUCAUCAGUCCCUUUUGUAAUAAUCUGGUACAGUUUGAUUCUUCUUGCAUGAACUGAUUAAAAAAGCAAUCUCUGUUUUGAGUUUGUAAAGUUUUUGAUUACUGUGUUAAUCUCUGCUUUGCUAAUUGGUUAAAGACUUGAGACUUUUCAUGAGAAAUCUUAAACAGGAAUUAGGAAAAUUUCAGACCUUUUUUUUUGUGUCUGUUUCAUUUUAAAGAGAAUGAACUUUUUAGAUGUGGUUUAUGUAAUGAUGCCAUUUGCGUUUGCUAAUUGUUUUUCUUUUUUUCCAUUUUUAGUAAAUGGUUGAUUUGCGUUUGAUGCUUUAAAUCUCAAUAAGUUCGUAUGAGGGUGAUGAUUAAUUGAUGAUGUUUAAAGGCCAAUACUUGAAUACGGUUGGGUAAAUCAAGAACAUGAAUUUUAUAUACGUUUCGUGUGUUUUGGACCUUUUGGUCUUAACCUCAGCGAUGAGUUUGGUUCUGCUCGAUCGUACUGGUGUCCAUCGUAUGUAAUUCACGGCAUAAUUGAAGUUAACUGCAAUCAUCAAACCAGUCAGGUCUAAUAUUUUGAUUAUCCAUUUGACCAUUUCUUUGAUUUAUAGGUCAAUUAAGUUUUAAUGACGACUCUUCAACUUCAAUUGUUGCUUAUACUAUACG